GAAUAAAUAAACCCAUGAACAAGUUUGCUGUACCUUUAGUACCUUGCAGAGUCCUUAUAGCCCCAUACUCCUCUUUCCUCUUAUACCAGCUAGGUGUACAAGCUUACCCUUUUCCAUUUUUUGUGUUAACUUCAAACACUGUAGUAAAUGAUUACACAUUGUGCUCAUAAACCUUCUGUUGAACAUAGGGGUAUUUUUUUUGCAGCAUUCCUUGUUAGCAAACAUGUGGUUUCAAAUCUAAAAUUAUGACAUGGAAGGUAAAAAAAAAAGGUGGUUUGCCCAAAAACCUAUUUGGGAGAUAGGCUACAGGAUAGGUUGUCUUCGAGAAAAUAAAUAGUGAAACCCAAAUCGAGAGAUUGUGUGUGUGUGUGGUCUGUUGUGAGGAGGUGGUGUGAUUUAUCCAUUUGCGUUUAUUUGCUUGUUUUUUUCUGUCCACUAUUUUAAAAAAUGCUGUAAAACAGCCAAAUACCUUCGUUUCUCUCAACGGUUCAGCUUGAAUUCAAAUGGAGGAAAAGUGGAGCCUGAUUGGCCAGGGAGGCCAUUUACCCGCAUGCGCACUACAGCGGGGAAGAAAUGAUGCAUUCAAAACUAUUGGAACUUUGGGUGUCAUGACGGGCGGAGUACUUCUUGAAAUAAUGAUAAAUAAGGAAAAAUGUUACAUAUGUGAGGUACAUGUGUAUAUAUUUACUUGUAUUUGCGGAUAGUAAAGCUGCUUCAGACAGCAACAUUCUGAAAAACGUUAAAUCGUACAACACAUAUUUCGUAUUUUCUACACAAGCGUUUGAAUGUAGUCCAAAAGUUUCCCACCUCCUGCUCUCGGCAUGUGGAAUUUACUGAGCGCACUUGAAGGCAGCACGGGAAGGAACAGGAAAUGAAAGCUGUUUGGACAAACACUUUGCUCCGAGCAGACGGUUAUAUUCACUUUCCAGUUGUUGCUGAACAGGUGGAGCAGGUAUCUUUCAUCCACCCUGCUGUGCUGCAGAUCAUCUUCUCCCUCAGCCUCCAGCCUCCAGCAUGGACAACCUGGAGGAGGACCUGACGUGCUCGGUGUGCUACUCUCUGUUUGCUGACCCGCGGGUCCUGCCGUGCUCACACACCUUCUGUAAGAGCUGCCUGGACAACCUGCUGCAGGUCUCCACCAACUACUCCAUCUGGCGUCCGCUCCGCAUGCCGCUCAAAUGCCCCAACUGUCGCAGCGUGGUGGAGCUGCCCACGCUGGGCGUAGACGCUCUGCCCAGCAACGUGUCUCUGCGGGCCAUCAUCGAGAAAUACCAGAGCGACAGCGUCCCCAGACCUCCGUCCUGCCAGGAGCACCACAGGCAGCCUCUCAACAUGUACUGCAUCCAGGACCGGCAGCUGAUCUGUGGUUUGUGUCUGACGGUGGGUCAGCACCAGGGUCACUCUAUAGACGACCUGCAGGCGGCGUUCAUCAGAGAGAAACAGACGCCAUCACGGCUGCUGGCCAGACUCUCUGAGCACAGAUGGGCUCAGCUGUGUGAGCUGGGGGAGCAGCUGGAGCAGGAGAAGCUUCGCUGUGAGUCUGUGGUGAGGCAGGACAGACAGGAGGUCGGUCAGUUCUUCCAGACGCUGGAGGAGGUGCUGGCCAGGAAGAGGCAGGCGUACCUGGAGGCGCUGGACAAAGCUGCUGCAGAGGUGACCCGGGCCUACGACCCGCUCAUCCACAACGUGAAGGAGCUACAGGAGGAACAGUUGGACCUGGUGUCUCUGGGUUCUUCAGUAGAGGACGAGGACUCGCCGCUGGUCUUCCUGGAGCAGGUGCAUCUGUUCAGAGAGCGGGUGGAGGAGUUUAUUAAAACCCCUCUGCCCUCCGUGGUGAAGCUCUCCGUCAGCCCGCGGGCUGCAGAGCACCUCCAGCAGCACUGGCCCGCUGUGACCAUCGGCAGCCUGCAGGACGCCCCCGUCCCUCAGGUGGGCUGCUGCGCCAGGUGUGGCGGUGUGGAGGCCGGUUUGGAAACCGAACCUGAACGGGAUCGGUCCGAGCCCUGGGGGCAGAACUGGUGGUGUGAGCUGCAACCUUCUUCUUCUGUGGUGCUGCUGGCGCUGCUGCUGCUGCUGCUGGCGGCGCUGUGGGUCAACCCGGUGGGCGGGGCGUCGCUGGGCUUCUCUCUGCUGUCCCGGUUCAGUCAGGUGGUCCACGGCCUGAGCAGCGAACUCAUCACCGCCGUCCUGGACACGGUGGGGUCGAUGUACUCAGUGAUGGAGGCCGCGGUGGAGAGAUGGAGCUCUCAGCUCCACUCAGUCAGUGAGAAGAGCUUCCAGCAGCUGGCCGCUUUAUUUAAAACUCUGACAUCACGAUGAAAACCCUCAACUUUUUAUUUAGAAGUUUAGAAAGCCUCACCUCCACACUCCAAAAAAAUCCACCCUAAAAUAUUUUUUAAACACCUGAAAGACUUAAGGCAAUGAGAUACAGAUUUAAAGCAGGAAAAUUAUCAUUAUAAAAUGAAAGAAAACAAUUUACAACUAACAACUUAAUGACCAAAAAUAUACCUUUUAUACUAAUUAACCAUUAUGUUGAUCAUUUUAAUUUAAGGGUG